UGCAACCGUCCGCGACCCUGCGGUAACCCCCCUCCGAGCACCGCUGGCCAAAAUGCUCUCUACACUACCAUCUCGUACUGCACGGUCUCUGUCUUCUCUCCCCUCGCUGGCUCGUCGCACACUCGCGACACAUGUUCCCGCUGCCUCCGCCUCUGGCGUGCCAUCCACAAGUUUCGCGAGCGAGGAGGGAGCGUUGAGGCCACAUCUCGGCAUUGAGGUGAACCCGAAUCACGGGCUGUACGCGUUCUUCCGGCGGAAGGAGCAGGACGGCAAGGUGUCGUACGAGAGCGUUGAGCCCUCGGACGUCGUCGCGGACAAGAGCGGUCGUGCGUGGACAGCACCGGAGCUCAGGCGCAAGAGCUUCAAGGACCUGCACACGCUGUGGUACGUUGUCGUCCGGGAGCGGAACCUGCUUGCGACGCAGCAGGCGGAGAUGCGGCGGAUGGGUGCGAAUGAGCAAGCGUCUGGCUUGUGGGCGAAGGCAUACCGGUGUCGCAAAACCAUGGCCCGCAUCAAGUACGUGAUCAACGAGCGCCGCGUCGCAUACGAGGGCGCGCUCGAGAUCUUCAACAAGGAGCGGGAAGUCGUCCUCCAACAGGAACACAGCGAGCGCGCGGCCGCGGAGACCCGGGCGGCAAUCGCAGCGAGGAAGGUGGAGAAGGAGCAGAGGAGGGAGCGCGGCGCGGCGGACGUGGCGGCAGAGAGUUUGUUUGAGACCGUCCCGGCCGCUACUUCUGCUUGAGUUUAGUUUUCGUACAGCUGGUAAUUGCAGGCAUGCGUGAUAUGCGAUAUACGAGAUGUG